AUGUUCACCUCCACCAUCCGCACUGCCGUGCGCGCACAGCCCGCCACUGCCGCCUUCACACGCAGCUUCUCUUCCACUCGCCCCUCGCAAGUUGCCCGUAUGACUGUUGUCGGCCGCCUGGGAGUUGCGCCUGAGGAGGUCACCAUUUCUGGAGACCGAACAUUGGUGCGCUAUGUGGUUGGCACCAACUACGGCAAGGGCGAAGAAAAAAAGACCAGUUGGUUCCGGAUUGCUAGCUUUGUCCAGGGCGCACAGAAAGAUUUCUUGAUGAAUGUGCCCAAGGGCUCGCUGCUCUAUGUCGACGCUGAUGCGCGCAUGGAGACAUAUCUCGAUAGCGAGGGAAACAAGAAGAGCAACUUGAGCUUGGUCGCCCGCAACUUUGACGUGCUGUCGCGCGCCCGUAGCGACGAGCCUGAUACCAACGAUGAGGGUCUCAUCCAUGAGGCUUCCGGCUAG